AUAAACAGAUUCAGCUAAUUAGAUUUAUGAGAGAUGAAGUAAUUAUAUACUCAGACAAAACCAAAAGAUCUUUUAAUUUUCAAAUUGUAGAAUCAAGUAAAGAUAUAACAGAUCUUAAAAGUAAGGCAGCUAACAAACUAGAUAUAGUACUUGAGAUUAGUGAA